AAAGCUCGGGGCGGUGCGCGCGGGCGUGUAUUUAGAUCCUGUUGGAGAGGAGAAGAGUGGCGCGGGGUUCCACUAAGUGUUAAAGUAUUCAUUUUGAGAACAGAUAAUUUGUUUAUAAAUAAAUUGCUUCUGUGAGGUUAUGGGCAGGACACUGUUCUGAGGGAGUGUCGAGCAGCGCCACUUGUCAUUUUACCCACGGAAAUAAUGAUGAAGAAGGAUAUUAAUUUGAGCUUGGCGGACGACGCAGACCUCAAACCGCAUCUCCGCGACGCUGAGAGCAUCCUCAGCUCCCCGGAUCUGGGGCUGCUCAAGCUGGCCUCUCCGGAGCUGGAGAGGCUAAUCAUCCAGUCCAACGGAAUGGUCACCACGACUCCGACCAGCUCUCAGUUCCUCUACCCGAAGACGGUGACGGACGAGCAGGAGUUCGCCGAGGGCUUCGUGAAGGCGCUGGAGGAUUUACACAAGCAGAACCAGCUAAACGGACCCGCGCCGCCGAGCAGCACCCUGGAGCUGGGGGCUAACAUCGCUCCGGUCACCGUGCAGCCGGAUCUACCGGUGUACACGAACCUGAACAGUUACGGCAGUGGGCCUCUGGGAACCACUGUCAACUACACCACGGACACAGUCCCUUUCCCGCCUCCUCCGUCACAUCAUUUAGGGGCAGCCCCGCCGCAACCAGAGCUGUCUCGGGUCCAGCCGCUGAAGGAGGAGCCUCAGACGGUCCCCGACGUUCAGAGCUUCGGUGAGAGCCCGCCGCUGUCUCCGAUAGACAUGGACUCUCAGGAGCGCAUCAAAGCCGAGAGGAAGAGGCUCAGGAACCGAAUUGCAGCCUCCAAGUGUCGGAGGCGCAAACUGGAGCGGAUCUCCAGGCUGGAGGACAAGGUCAAAACGCUGAAAACCCAAAACACCGAUCUGGCCUCCACGGCUAGCCUGCUGAGGGAGCAAGUGGCCCAGCUGAAGCAGAAAGUCCUCACCCACGUCAACAGCGGCUGCCAGCUGCUGCCACAUGAAGUUCAAGUGCACUAGUCCGGGGGACUGACCUGCUGUUGGGCUACUGACCAGCUUAUAAGCUCCUUGGACUUUGUUAAUGUUGGGGUUUCUGUGUGUGUUGUAGCCCAGAUGUGUGCCGUUCCACGCAGGGGAUGAAUGCCAGGCCACGUAGGCCCAAACUGUACAUUCAUAAUCGGCUGUUUAAAAAAAAAAAAAGAGCUUUUAUGAUUGGUAAAACGUAAACACACCUGGCAGAAAAUACAUCAACAUGAUGGACUUAAGCUCGGCCAGCAGCGAGCCAAGGUGUGUUUGUAUUCCUGGAGCAUUUGUUCACAUUCGCCCCCUUCUUGGUGGACAGAACAAAUCGAUAUAAUGUAUUUGAUUUUUAAGUAAAAUUGGUGUAUUUAUUUUGGGCUGAAAUGAAGCCGAAACGAAGGGCAUUUGCCUCUGAUAUAGUCUACACAACUAAUUCUGUUUUACCUCCUAUGUAUGUUUACUGGUGAACAAGGCAGCUUUAAACUGCCAGUAUUUUCAAUGAAAUUAUGCCAUAGGCUUUCCUAAUGGAAGAAAGAGUCGCGUAUAUGUGUUUACUGACUGUUUAUAUGCAGUCUUCAGCUGGACCAAACAGAUCCAUGAUAAUAUACACAUUUAUGAUUCAUAUACCCUUAAAAUAUAGGUAAUUGCCUGUAAGAAAAAAAAAAACCACACCCAUAUUUGAUAUAUGAGAGCUGAUCUACACUUAUAGCCUAUAUGCUGUGUAUUUCUGUAGGGAAGAAGUUGCAUGUUGCUGACAAACUCGAAUGUUGCCCGCUGAUGGGUUCACAUGAGGAAUUAAUCAGUGUUUAUUAUCUGUAACCUUCACACUUGUGUAUUUCUCUCUUUUUUUUUUUUUUACUCUACUGUGUCCUUACUCCAAUGUGUUCUUGUUUUAAAGAAGUGAAGAGUGUAAUCUUUCUGUUGCGCUGACUGUUGCGAUCACCCCUAGCCUACAGUUAUUCGGCUUUAUGCGGUUGUGUUCUAAAAUAAAUGCUGCUGGGCAAUAAACACUGUUUCCU